GAAAACGGGCUGGGAAUUUGGGAACUGGAGGGAUUUUUGAGAAUUUGAAUGCGGGAAAGGGACAGGGACGAUCCCAAAGCGUGACAGGAAGGAUCCCAGGAGGUGACAGAGAAGAUCUGGGGAGGAACAGGGAUUAAUCCCAAAGAAUUAUCCCAAAAAAAUUCCCCCAAAUCCCCCCGAGACCCCAAAUCCCUCCCUGAGGGCUCCGCGCUCACCUCAACUUUCCCGCCUCAGCGCCGCCGGAAGUGCGUCAUCACGCCGCUCUCCCUUCCGUACAGCAACAUGGCGGCGCGCUGCUUGCUACCCUACCCCUUGCUCCCGGCAGCCCGCGCGGUUCCGUACGGCAACAUGGCGGCAGCUAAAGCGGUGUUGGUGCAGUACGUGGUGCUCCGCGGGGACCUGGCGCGGCCUCCCCGGUCGUGGCCGCUAGGUGCCGUGGUGGCUCAGGGCUGCCACGCCGCGCUGGCCGCCGUUCACGGUUACCGGGAGCAUCCCGACACCGGCGCGUACCUGGAGCAGGGCGGCGCCAUGAGAACCGUGGUGCUGGAGGCUCCAGAUGAGAAUUCCCUGCUGGCUCUGGCCGAGCUGCUGAAGCUGCAGGGCUUGGAUCACCGCCUGUGGGUGGAGAAUCCCGAGGGAAUUCCCACCUGCCUGGCCCUCAGACCCUACCCCAAAAAUCAGGUUCAUCCCCACCUCAGGAAUCUCAAACUGCUCAAGUGACUCUGGGGAAAAAAAGGAAAAAAGAAAAAAAAAAAAUCUGGA